AUUUUCCUCUUUUUUUAUUACUUUACUUUCCUUUAGCAAGAUUAGCUUUUUUUUUCUCUUCUUUCUCUCGCGUUAUAUUUUUAUUAUUAUGCAACAGUCAUCCCAAACACAACCGUCAACUUCUUCAAUAGCUAGAUCUUGCGCCAAUAAUAUAUUAGCGAUUUUUCUUUUUCCAUUUCAUGUUAUAUCAAAAAUAACUCAAAAACUAUUGAAUCCUGCUAAACGUAAUCAAAGACGUAUUCAUAGUCGAUCGCCAGCUUUUACCUUUAAAAUAAUAUGGACAUUUGCUUUGUUAAUAGGAGAAGUCUUUAUUUUUUCGUAUUCAAUGCAAAAAUGUUCUUGGCCGGAACAUGAAAGUUGGAAUACCACAGCAACAGAACCUGUUCAUGUUGCAAUAAUUGCAGACCCACAGAUUAUUGAUGAUUAUUCCUAUGGUCGAACAGGUAUUCUUCAGAAAAUAUCUGAAAUAUAUCCCGACAUGUAUAUGAGAAAGAAUUGGAUAAAUUUACAACAUAUAUUUGAUCCUGAUGCGAUAAUAUUUCUUGGUGAUUUAAUGGAUGGGGGAAGAGAAUUGGAUGAUAAUAAAUGGGACGAAGAACUUCACAGAUUUCGACAUCUCUUCAUACCCGAAAAACCAAUAAAAACUCCAACUUUUUAUUUGGCGGGAAAUCAUGAUAUUGGAUUUGGGGAACAUAUAAUUCCGGAAGCGUUUUACAGAUUUCGAAAAGUAUUUGGGGCAUUCAGCUAUAUGACAAAGCUUGGUAAUCAUUCAAUUAUAGCUUUAGACACAAUAGCUUUGAGCGGUUCUAACAAUAAUUUGAAAAAGGACGCGAAAAAGUUGAUGCAGAGACUCAAUAAUGAUACAACAAAUUCUUUUCCUCGCAUAUUACUGACGCAUGUUCCUUUAUACCGUCCUCCAAACACCGAUUGUGGACCGCUUCGACAAAAAGGACAUUCUAUUAAUCAGGGUGCCGGUCACCAAUAUCAAAAUUUAAUAGUCGAAUCUUUAUCUAAUGAUAUUAUGGAUAAUAUAAAACCAUCAUUAAUAUUAAGUGGAGAUGAUCAUGAUUAUUGUGAAAUUCUACAUGGUGAAAUUCCUGAAAUUACAGUAAACACUUUCAGUUUUGCAAUGGGAGUUAACAGACCGGGAUUUUUACUUUUAAGUCUCUAUAACCCCUCAAAUGAUAAUUCAACAGAAACAAACUUUACUACUUUCGCUUAUUCUCAAUGUUUAUUACCAAAUCAAAUUCGAAUAUACAUUUGGUAUAUAAUAUUGUUUAUCGCCACAAUAUUUUGUAUUUUUUCACAAGCAUUUCUUAAAUUAAGAAGGAAUAGUGAGAUGUUGCCAAUAUGGCAUAGGUAUCAUCAAAAAAGGAAAUGGACAAUAUUUACUUCUCAAUAUUGGAAAAUGAUUGCUAAAGAAGUUGGCGAUAUUGCUUUAAUCGCAUUUAUAAUUUAUUUAGGUUGUUGGAUAUGGUUUUUAAUUUAAGAGUUUAUUAUAUAUUUUUUAAUUUUUAAUUUCCAGAAAAUGAUUUCUUAGUAGAAAUAUGUAUAGAAUUAUUCAUUAAAAUACUUAGUAUACUAGUAUACAAUAAAUUUAUCUAUGAUUUUGUAUUAUAGUUUUUAGCAG